CCUCGAUCAUCUACUGCAUUAUGAUGCAACUCGUCAUCCUCAUGCUGGCCACCGCAGACCACCAUAUCAGCCAUACCUAGUAUGGCGCCGAGACCUCCGCCUACAAGCGACCCGCAGCAACAUACUUUCCUUCGCUUCUAUCCUCGCGCGAAUGCAGUCCCUGUCCGUCAGAUUCAACCUCGUCAUCCUCUAGAUGUUCCUGUUACAUUGCCCCUACCAUCCUCUCUCUCCGGUCAGGCCCUAACUCAAUUUGAUCAGUUCGAAAUAAGUUCUCCACCUCCCCGUUCCACCGGACUCGUACAAUCCCUACAGCAGCAUCUUUCUUUCCUCGUGCUCAAACACAGUCAUGGUCCACCAGUCGUUGAAGUUGCACCAGGGCGGAAGAUCACUCAACCUGCUGCUGCCAAACUACCGGAAUACGAGAAAGUAGACGAUACUCGAUAUCUGUCUAGUCAACAGGCUACGCAGGAAGACGACGCAGCUGACUUCGAUUCGCUCUCAGACGUACAUUGGGUCAAGGCGUUCCUCUGCUAUUACUCGUGUUGGUCUCAUGGCAGACUGAGGAUGCCUCCUCGAUGGCGCUUGCAGCGCGUUGGCAUACCUCACCAGGAUGGCGCAGCAAAUAGCAGCCGUGGUGGUGUUCACAGUUGCACUUAGUGCAGUAUCUAUUAUCAUUUGUUUCCUUGUACCUGGUGAUUUCUAACGUCUACAUUGCACAAUUCUACCUCUAGAGUUACUUUGCUGACAUUUACUCGGUGUUCAGUUUCAAAUUCAGUAUUGUCGUGCUGUGUCUUUCCCGUCUCCAUUAUGCCGAAAUAUUUUUUGUCGCCCUC